AUGAGGAAGACUCUGCUGCCGCUGCUGGCCUCUCUGGCCUUUGCCUCUCUCACGGCUUCGGCUGAUGGAGCUCCGCUCAAAGUCCUGUCGGCCCCCAACCUGCUGAGAGUGGAAACAACAGAAAACAUCUUUGUGGAGUGUCAGGACUGCACCGGAGGAGACAUCACGGUCCAAAUCAACGUGUUAAACCACCCAACCAAGAAUAGACGCCUCGAUUCCACGUCUGUGACUCUCACCAGGCAGAAUAACUACCAAAUGUUUGGACAAGUCAAGAUCUCGGCUGUAGAAUUCAGCAGGGAUCCCAGCGUGAAGCAGUACGUUUACCUGCAGGCUCAUUUUGACGAUCACUCACUGGAGAAGGUCGUCUUAGUUUCCUUCCAGUCUGGACACAUCUUCAUCCAGACAGACAAGACCGUCUACACCCCCGACAGCAGCGUUCGUUACAGGCUGUUUGCUGUGACGCCCCAAAUGGAGCCAGUGGAGAGGGAUCCACGAACCAGAUUUGAAGACGCCGUUGACGUUGAGAUUGUGACCCCUGAUGGCCUCAUUUUACCAAUUGGUCCAACCUUUCUGAGAUCAGGGAUUCACUUUGGCACUUAUCAACUCCCCGAAAUCGGAAGUUGUGGCCUUUGGAAGGUGGUGAGCAGGUUUCAGAGUAAUCCACAACAAAGCUAUUCAGCAGAUUUUGAGGUGAAAGAAUACGUCCUUCCCAGUUUCAAGGUGAAACUCAAGCCUCGGGUCCCCUUCUUCUACGUGGACAGCAGCGACCUGACUGUGGAAAUCAAAGCAACGUAUCUGUUCGGUGAAGCGGUGGACGGGACGGCUUAUGUGAUGUUUGGAGUUAUGCAGGACGGACAGAAGAAGGGCUUCCCGGCCUCUAUUCAGAGGCUCCCAGUCCAGCGGGGCGAGGGGAGGGCCGUACUGAAGAGGGAGCACAUCACUCAGACCUUUCCCAACAUCCAGGAACUUGUCGGAGACUCCAUGUUUGUCUCUGUCAGUGUUUUGAACAAGCUCGGUACUGAAAUGGUGGAGGCAGAAGUCAGAGGCAUCCGGAUUGUCACUUCACCCUACACCAUCCACUUCAAGAAAACUCCCAGAUACUUCAAACCAGGAAUGUCAUUUGAUCUCACGGUUGAAGUGUUGAACCCUGAUGAGACUCCAGCUGGAAAUGUUCCACUAUUACUUUUUCCUGGUGACAUUCAAGGAGUCACUGGGAGCAAUGGCAUUGCAAGGUUCACCGUCAAUCCAGAAGGAAAUCGACAAUUUCUCGACAUCCAAGCCAGGACCAAUGAUCCUGGACUCACACCAACAAGGCAGGCAGAGGCCAGAAUGACAGUACAUUCAUACACCAGCAGCUCUGCCAGAUUCAUCCAUAUUGGUGUGGAUUCAGCAGAUGUAAAAAUAGGAAGCUACCUGAUGGCCCACCUGUCCUUAAACAGUUUGCCAGAUAGGGAACAAGACAUCACGUACCUGAUCCUGAGCAGAGGUCAACUCUUGAAAUUUGGACGUUUCAAGACACAAGGACAAGUGCUGAUUGCACUGAAUAUUCCCAUCACCAAAGAAAUGCUGCCGUCCUUCCGUAUUGUUGCUUACUACCAUGUAGACCAUGCAGUGGUGUCAGACUCCGUUUGGGUGGAUGUGAAAGACUCCUGCAUGGGCUCGUUGAAACUAGAACUGGAGAGACCUGCAGCAUCCUAUCCCCCUCGCAAGAUGUUGCAUCUGAAGGUCACCGGAGACCCCGGAGCCACGGUGGGGCUGGUGGCAGUGGACAAAGGCGUCUACGUCCUGAACAACAAGCACCGGCUCACGCAGAAAAAGGUGUGGGACAAAGUGGAGAAGCACGACACGGGCUGCACACCAGGCGGAGGGAAGGACGGCAUGGGGGUUUUUUAUGAUGCGGGGCUGCUGUUUGUGACCAACACUGGUUCAGGAACUCCUCAUAGACAAGAGCUGAAAUGUGCAGAACCUCAGGCAGCGAGACGGAAGCGAGCGUCUCCUCUCAUGGAGGUUCCCACCACUUUAGUUGAUAAAUAUAAAUCAAGCGAGCUGCAGAAGGACUGCUGCGUGGAUGGUAUGAGGGAAACGCCUCCUUCAUACAGCUGUGAGAGACGCAGCGAGUACAUCGUCGACGGCCCGGCCUGUGUGGAGGCUUUUCUGGACUGCUGCAGAGAGAUGACCACACAGCGAGCUGACCACCAGGGGGACAGUCUCAAACGGGCUCGCAGAGAAGAGGACGACGACAGUUACGUGGACAGCAUUGACAUCUUUACUCGCAGCAGCUUCCCUGAAAGUUGGCUGUGGACUGAUGUCGACCUGCCCGCCUGUCCUGCUGGAGGACCGUGCGAACUUACAUCAGUUGAGAAAAGUGUUGUCCUGCCAGACUCCAUCACGACCUGGCAGUUCACCGGCAUCAGCCUGUCGCGGACUCACGGAAUCUGUGUUGGAGAGCCGUUGAAGGUUAUUGUCCGUAAAAAAUUCAUCAUCGACCUCAGGCUGCCUUAUUCUGCUGUCCGAGGAGAGCCGCUGCAGAUCAAGGCCAUCCUCCACAACUACUCCCCCGAUGCAAUCACUGUGCGAGUGGAUCUGAUGGAGGCACAGUACGUGUGCAGUGCAGCGUUCAAACAUGGGCGAUACCAGCAGGAUGUCAACGUAGGACCCCAAACCACACUAUCGGUGCCUUUCAUCAUUGUUCCCAUGAGGGAGGGAGAGGUCCAGAUUGAGGUCAAAGCAGCUGUCAAGGACUCCUGGCUCAAUGACGGCAUCAUGAAGAGCCUGCGGGUGGUGCCUGGAGGUGUACUUGUUAGGAGUUCUAAGAUCAUCACUCUGGACCCUGAAGGUGGAAUACAAGAAGAAAUUCUCAACAGUCACAUUCCCAGAAAGGAUAUGAUUCCAAACUCAACUGAGAGCACACACAUCUUUAUUACAGGAAGAGAAGAUGUUUCAGCUCUUGUGGAGAGCGUCGUCAGUGGGAAGUCAAUGGGCGCACUGAUCUACCAGCCCUCGGGCCUUGGAGAGGCAAACAUGAUCCACAUGACUCAUCCUGUCAUUGCAACCAUAUAUCUGGACAGAACCAACCAGUGGGAAGCUGUUGGCUUUCAGAAACGUGAUGAAGCCCUCCAAUACAUCAGAACUGGCUACUAUCAGGAGUUGGCUUAUCGUAAAAGGGACGGGUCUUUUGCCUUGUGGGUGAAUCGCCCGAGCAGCUCCUGGCUGACAGCCUAUGUUGCUAAGGUGUUUACCAUGGCCCAUAGUCUGGUGGUGGUGCAGGAAGAAGUGAUCUGUGACACCAUCAAGUAUUUAAUCCUCAACACACAGCAGCCCGACGGCAUGUUUCGAGAAGUUGGAACCGUGCUCCACGCAGAAAUGACUGGAGACGUAAAGGGAAGAGAUACAGAAGCCUCCAUGACGGCCUUCAAACUGAUCGCCAUGCAGGAAUCACGGACGCUAUGUGCUGCCACCGUCAACGGUCUGUCAGACAGUAUAGACAAAGCAGUGAGUUACCUGGAGAGGCGCCUGGACAGCCUCACCAAUCCUUACGCCGUCGCCAUGACUUCCUACGCGCUGGCCAACGAAGGCAAACUCAACCGGGAGGUCCUCUACAGAUUUGUUUCCCCAGAGUUGUCUCACUGGCCUGUACCUAAGGGGCAUCAAUACACACUGGAGGCCACAGCGUACGCUCUCCUGGCUCUGGUCAAGACCUGGGCUUUUGAAGAGGCCAGGCCUGUAGUGAGAUGGUUCACCCAGCAGCAGCUUGUGGGCGGAGGCUAUGGAUCAACCCAGGCGACACUCAUGGUGUACCAGGCUCUGUCAGAGUACUGGAUCAAUGCUGAAAAACCAGAGUACGACCUGAAUGUGGACAUUUUGAUGCCGGGAAAGCCGAAGCCUUACAAGUUCAACGUGAACAGAGGAAACCACCACCUCACAAGAACACUGAAGAGUAAUGGUAUAAACCACAACAUGACAGUGAGAGCCACAGGAUCAGGAGCAGCAACAGUAACAAUGGUGUCCAUGUACUAUGCUCCGCCUCAAGAAAAACAGAGUGACUGUCAGAGGUUCAACAUGUCAGUGGAGCUCAUCCCAGAGAAAAUGGAUGUUGAGGAGAAGGUAUUCCGGCUGAGAAUAGAGGUCUUGCACAAUGACAGAGAGCGCGAUUCGACUUUGACAAUUUUGGACAUUGGAUUAUUGCCUGGCUUCACUGUGGAUACAGACGACUUGAACCUGUUGUCUCAAGGACGAGCCCGCACCAUUGCAAAAUAUGAGAUGAACACCGUGCUGUCAGAAAGAGGCUCGCUCAUCAUCUAUCUUGACAAGGUUUCUCACACACGACCGGAGGAAAUCAGUUUUAGGGUCAGACAGACACUCAAAGUGGGCGUCUUACAGCCGGCGGCUGUGUCUGUCUAUGAAUACUAUAAUGAAACAAAAUGCGUGAAGUUGUACCAUCCAGAGAGGAGAGCCGGACAGCCUCUGUGGUUCUGCAGAGGUGGUGAAUGCACAUGUGUCGCCGAAGGGAGCUGCAGUCUGCAGAAGAAGGGCAAAAUCAGCAAUGAUGAGCGAAGCGCUAAGAUUUGUGAGGCUACACUGACCAACAAAACGGAGUUUGCAUACAAAGUACAGCUGGAGGAGACAGUAGCUGAUCUGUCCACAGACACUUACACUGUGAGGAUACUGGACGUCAUCAAAGAAGGAAACACUGAUGUUGGUCCUAUGGGUAAACUGCGCUCGUUCCUCAGCCAUCAGCACUGCAGAGGGGCUGUAGGUCUUCAAAAGGGUAAAACGUAUCUCAUCAUGGGCUCGUCCCAAGACAUCCGCAGAGACGACCAAGAACAGACGUUUUGGUACAUGCUUGAUGAGAAGACCUGGGUUGAGUACUGGCCCACAACAGAAGAGUGUCAGACAGAUGAACACCGACCGUCCUGUUCGGGCUUGGAACACAUGGUGGAUCAGUUUCAAGUCUUUUCAUGUCGACAAUGA